CAUCAUAUACGACAACGAUAUUUUUCAAAGCACAAGUCAGUGGUAAAUGACAUGAAGGUGCACAAAAUAUUGCAAUUUGAUGCUUGCUUGAUUACAUGUUUCUUUAUUGGACAAAUAUGGAGCAAUGCGCGAGCCGAACCUUUCAGGGAGGAAUGUGCUAGGAAAGGGAUAUUCAAGAAAAAACAGAAAGAUUCAUCAUUGCAAAACCAUAUCAUUAAAACUAUUGAGGUCAAUCACCUGGCAAUGUGUACAAUCGCUUGUUUGGAUCAUGCGCAAUGCAAGUCAUACAAUUUCCAAGAAACAGAAAACCCUCUGAAAUCAUGUGAACUUAGUUCUUCUACUAAGGAUUCAUCAAGUUCAGACGUAAUAUCUCGACCAGGGUACUCAUAUUACGAUGCUCAGGACGAACCUCCGUGUUACGCAUCUUGUCCAGGUGAAAAAUGUGUUUACACCUGCUCAGGGCCGCCUACUUGUAAAUGUCCCGAAAACAUUUAUUACCCAGUUUUUCAAGGACGCCAUUGUGAAUAUCCAUGUAAGUAUUCAAUUGUCAAGAAAAAUGGAUCUGUGUUCGAACGCACACUUGGCGCAUUUGUCACGCGUGAUAGAAAAUAUCAAACAUGUUUGAUAAUUGGAUAUUACGACACGAAUGACAGAAUAUCUCAAUUUGGCCCCGCAGACGAGGAAUAUGUGCAGGUGACAAUCGUCACGAGUGACGUGUGUGCGUGCUAA